GCUCCCCGGCAGCGAGGCGGUCGAUGGGACGGAGCGCCGCGGAGCAGGAGGCGGCGCCCGUCGGGGGACUGGGGCAGCGCGAGAGCCCGCCUGGAGGUUGGGGCAUGGCGGGCCGCAGGACCUGAGUCCUACCCUGCGGGUAGCAACCUGGUGGCGGGCGAUGGGGACGGAGCGGGGCUGCCGCCGCGCUGAGCCGUGAGCGCCGCGCUUCCGCCACCGCCUCUUCGUCGCCGCCUUGGCCCCUCGCGAAGAGCCGGGCAGCUCGAGAACAUGGCCCUGGAGCAGCUCUGCUCGGUCCUCAAAGUGUUGUUAAUAACAAUACUUGUAGUGGAAGGGAUUGCUGUGGCCCAAAAGACCCAAGAUGGACAAAAUAUUGGAAUCAAGCACAUUCCUGCAACCCAGUGUGGCAUUUGGGUUCGAACCAGCAAUGGAGGUCAUUUUGCUUCACCAAAUUAUCCUGACUCAUAUCCACCAAACAAGGAAUGUAUCUACAUUUUGGAAGCUGCUCCACGUCAAAGAAUAGAGUUGACCUUUGAUGAACAUUAUUAUAUAGAACCAUCAUUUGAAUGUCGGUUUGAUAACUUGGAAGUUCGAGAUGGGCCGUUUGGUUUCUCUCCACUUGUAGAUCGUUACUGUGGUGUGAAAAGCCCUCCAUUAAUUAGAUCAACAGGGAGAUUCAUGUGGAUUAAGUUCAGUUCUGAUGAAGAACUUGAAGGACUAGGAUUUCGAGCAAAAUAUUCGUUUAUUCCAGAUCCAGACUUUACUUACCUAGGAGGUAUUUUAAAUCCCAUCCCAGAUUGCCAGUUUGAGCUGUCAGGAGCUGACGGAAUAAUACGUUCUAGUCAGGUAGAACAAGAGGAAAAAACAAAACCUGGCCAAGCAGUUGAUUGCAUCUGGACGAUUAAAGCUACUCCAAAAGCUAAGAUUUAUUUGAGGUUCCUAGAUUAUCAGAUGGAGCACUCAAAUGAAUGCAAGAGAAAUUUCGUUGCAGUCUACGAUGGGAGCAGUUCUAUUGAAAAUCUGAAGGCCAAGUUUUGCAGCACUGUGGCCAACGAUGUGAUGCUUAAAACAGGAGUUGGGGUGAUACGGAUGUGGGCUGAUGAAGGUAGUCGGCUUAGCAGGUUCAGAAUGCUCUUUACUUCCUUUGUGGAGCCUCCCUGCACAGGCAGCACUUUCUUUUGCCAUAGCAACAUGUGCAUCAAUAAUUCUUUAGUCUGUAAUGGGGUUCAAAACUGUGCAUACCCUUGGGAUGAAAAUCAUUGUAAAGAAAAGAAAAAAGCAGGACUGUUUGAACAAAUCACUAAAACUCACGGAACAAUUAUUGGCAUUACGUCAGGGAUUGUCUUGGUCCUUCUCAUUAUUUCUAUUUUAGUACAAGUGAAACAGCCUCGAAAAAAGGUCAUGGCUUGCAAAACUGCUUUUAAUAAAACUGGAUUCCAAGAAGUGUUUGAUCCUCCUCAUUAUGAACUGUUUUCACUGAGAGACAAGGAGAUGUCUGCGGACCUGGCCGACCUGUCGGAGGAACUGGACAGCUACCAGAAGGCGCGGUGCUCCUCCACGGCGUCGCGGUGCAUCCACGACCAUCACUGUGGAUCGCAGGCACCCAGCAUCAAACAAAGCAGGACCAACCUCAGUUCCAUGGAACUUCCCUUCCGAAAUGAUUUUGCACAACCGCAGCCAAUGAAAACAUUUAAUAGCACCUUCAAAAAGAGUAGCUACACUUUCAAGCAGGCACACGAGUGCCCUGAACAGGCCCUAGAAGACAGAGUAAUGGAAGAGAUUCCCUGUGAAAUUUAUGUCAGAGGGCGGGAAGAUUCUGCACAAGCAUCCAUAUCCAUCGAUUUUUAAUCUUCUACUGAAGGUGACAUUAAUUAUUAAGUAUGUACGUAUGUAGCCUACAGAGCACCCAUACUGUUUUCAGCAGCCACCCCUUUUCUCCUGUCAGAGCCAGGAAGAUCUUCAUUUCCCAUUAACCUAAUGUAAUGGUGAAGUUUUUAUUAUCUCAGGCAGUCUAUAUAUGUUAACCCAACCUGGGAACUUAUUCCAUUCAGUAAAAAACAAAAAAUAAGCCUCUAUUGCUCAGUGUCCUACAAACAAAGCACCAGUUACAUAGUAGCAUUUGGAGAGAUGAGGGGUGGUGUUGCGCCAGGCUCAGCUGCCUGCGGGUCUUAGCAGCAGGAAGACCGCUCCUGAUUGAUACAGCUCUGUCAAUGUUUUGAUCCCACAAUAAGUUUAAAAGUAAGAUUUUUCUUCACAUUCCUUUUAUUUUUUUCUUUUCUCUAAAUUUAAUUUGUUUUAUAAGCCAGUAAUUUUACCCUUUCAGUUUCUUAUAUAAGUGGUUCAUGUAUCACACGUAUUUCAAUAUAGGCAUUUGUUCUAGAAUUUGUCAAAAUAUAACUAGUUACUGUGAUAAGUGCCAAUUAAGACACAGAGUUGUGUUUUGUCCAUCUUUCUUCUUGACUAGUUUCUAUACUGCUGCCUUUUAAUUACUGGAUCCUUAGUCUUUAUUUUCUGUGAUAUGAUUUAGCACCUUUAAGUCAUAUUUUGUCUUAGUUAUACGAAAAAGUUUCAUAAUCCUGGGAUGUAUGCACCAUUGCCAGUUAUACCUAAAAACUUGACAAAGAUUAAAAUUUUUAGAAAUGCUUUGAAAUUUCCCAAGUUUUAUUACAUUCAGUGAUAGCACAUUCAUUCCUGUGAGCAAAAAGUCAUUUAAUGCAUUUGGGGGGAGGCCUAUCAUUAUAUUUAUUUCCAGUGUUUCUCAUUACUAGAUCUGUGUUUUGUAUUAUUUUUAUAAAAAGAUUAUUUCACUCCCUUUGUAUUGGUUUAUCUUGUAGGAUAUGGUAACCAAGGUUGUUUGAGAGUUAAAGGAAAAUGCCUAAGAAACUGUAUAAGCCUUUAGAUUGCUUCUUACUUGGGACAGUACGUUUUUCUAGUUCUUACCAAGAAUAACAAUUUCCACUUUUUUUUAAACUGCACUUUUGACCUUAUUUUUUUUUAAUGGUAUAUAAACAAUAAUUUAUAAACAUGAUAUAAAAACUCAUUGUGUUUUUUUAGACUUUUGAUAUUAUUUGAUACUGUACAAACUUUAUUAAAUCAAGAUUAAAGAGCUACAUGACAGAUUUCUUUCAAUGUUUGCGUUAGUGACUUUGUAUACAAAUAUGCUGUGAUGGAACUGUAC